GGAAAAACUUGUCAAAGUCCAUUACUCAUCUCAGUCAUCCUUCCCUAUUCAUCAUUUAAUUAUAUAUAGGAUACACUUCAUCAUUCACAGAUAUAUACUCCAUCCUCGUAUUCCUCAGCUCUAUACAAAUCAAAACGAUCAUCACCUCCAUCUUAAACCUAUCAAAAGACCCCAUCUCUCUCUCUCUCUCUCCCCAUCCAUGGAUUGCUGUUGCAAGGGCAUGAUCAGUUACAUGAUCCAACCCAAGUGUGUUCCUGACUCCAAAUUUCCAUCAACUAGGAAUUUUACGAGUCCCAGUAGAAAGAGUCUCAGAGUUACUCACAAAGGUGGAAGCAGUUUUGUAAUCAUGAAUUCUUUGGUCACCCAACGUUCUUCACCCACAGUAGAAACUCCAAUAGUCGAAAAAGAGAGGACAUCUGCGCCAUUAGUUCCAGGGAAGUUCGGGAUGUAUGGAGGGAAGUUUGUACCAGAAACCCUUAUAGCUUCUCUGAACAAGCUUGAAGCUAAGUUCAACUCUGUGAUUAUAGAUGCCGAGUUUCAAAAGGAGUUGGCAACGACAUUAAGGGACUUCGGAGGGAGGGAGACACCUCUUUACUUGGCAGAGAGGUUGAGUGAACACUACAAGAAAGGGAAUGGGGAAGGGCCGGUGAUAUACCUAAAGAGAGAAGAUCUCAACCACACAGGGUCCCACAAGAUCAACAACGCGGUGGCACAGGCCAUGGUUGCCAAGCGCAUUGGGCUGAGAAAUGUGGUGGCAGCCACCGGAGCUGGGCAGCACGGCGUUGCAACGGCGGCUGCUUGCGCUAGGCUUGACUUGGAUUGCAUCGUCUACAUGGGCACCGUGGACAUGGAGAAACAGCCCCAAAAAGUGAUGUCAAUGAAGCUAAUGGGGGCGCAGGUAAGAAGUGUAGAUGGAAAUUUCAAGGAUGCAAGCUCAGAAGCUAUCAGAGAAUGGGUUGGGAACUUGGAAACUAAUUACUACCUAAGUGGUACAGUGGUGGGACCUCAUCCAUGUCCAAGCAUGGUGAGAGAAUUUCAGAAGGUGAUCGGUAAAGAGACAAGGAAGCAAGCCAUAGAGAGGUGGGGUGGUAAACCAGAUGUUUUGGUUGCGUGCGUAGGGAGUGGCUCCAACGCUCUGGGUUUGUUUCAUGAAUUCAUGGAAGACGAAGACGUUAGGUUGAUCGGUGUCGAGGGCGCCGGACUUGGGCUUGACAGUGGGAGACACUCUGCAACUCUCGCCAGGGGAGAAGUGGGUGUUUAUCAUGGCGCCAUGAGCUAUCUGCUGCAGAGCACAGAAGGGCAGAUUGUUGGGGCUCAUUCCAUUGCUGCUGGGUUGGAGUACCCAGGGGUAGGACCAGAGUUGAGCUUUCUUAAAGACACAAGACGCGCUGAAUUCUACAAUGUGACGGAUGAAGAAGCUCUUCAUGCUUGCCGGCGGUUAUGCAGAUUAGAGGGGAUACUCCCAGCUUUGGAAUCCUCCCAUGCCUUAGCAUUUCUUGAGAAGCUUUGCCCUACUUUACCUGACAAGGCCAAGGUAGUUGUCAAUUGCAGUGGUCGAGGAGACAAGGAUCUCCCUACCCUCUUCAACCAUGGCAGCAUUAAUGGCUAUUGAUGAUGAUGAUGAUGAUGAUGAUGAUGAUGAUGAUGAUGGCCACUCAUGUCCUCUUAUUGCAGAUUAAGAAAGUCUCUUAGCUGAUUCUAUUGAAGAUCUAUUUGGAUCAUAGUUGUUAGACUUCCUAAGAAAAUCAAACUUGUUGAGAUUUUUAAAUGCAAGAAAUUUAAACUUCUAUGACUAAUUAGCUUUGGCCGUAUGGAACUUUUAGACAGACUGGAAACUUAUGUGAGAAUUUAAAAUUCACACCUGUUUGGUUAAGAUGACUUGUAAACUUAUUUUGGAUAUGUACUCCCAUCUAAUACAUAUAAAUUCUAAACUCCAAUGGAAUACAUAGUUUGUAUCCAUUAAUUUCGCAUUAAA